AGCUCCAAUCAGUCUUGUCUUCCUCCUUCAGGCCCUCCUCCCCUGGCCCCCUGGCUGGUUGCCUUGGGUAGGAAAGAGGUCAGAUUCCAGCUGCCUGUGGGAACAGUAACAUCUUCCUUCUUCUCAUUCUCCAGACAUGUCUUUCCUCCAGGACCCAAGUUUCUUCACCAUGGGUAUGUGGUCCAUUGGUGCCGGAGCCCUGGGGGCCGCUGCUCUGGCACUGCUCCUGGCCAACACAGACGUAUUUCUGUCCAAGCCCCGGAAAGCAGAGCUGGAAUAUUUGGAAGACAUAGACCUGAAAACACUGGAGAAAGAACCAAGGACAUUCAAAGCAAAGGAGCUAUGGGCGAAGAAUGGGGCUGUGAUUAUGGCUGUGCGAAGGCCAGGCUGUUUCCUCUGUCGAGCCGAGGCAGCAGAUCUGUCCUCCCUGAAGCCCAAGUUGGAUGAACUAGGUGUCCCUCUCUAUGCCGUGGUGAAGGAGCAGGUUAAAGCAGAAGUGAAGGACUUCCAGCCUUACUUCAAAGGGGACAUCUUCCUGGAUGAAAAAAAAAAAUUCUAUGGUCCAGAGAGGAGGAAGAUGAUGUUCAUGGGCCUCAUCCGUUUGGGUGUGUGGUACAACUCCUUCCGGGCCUGGAAUGGAGGCUUCUCUGGAAACCUGGAAGGUGAAGGCUUCAUCCUCGGAGGGGUUUUUGUGAUAGGAUCUGGAAAACAGGGCAUUCUUCUUGAGCACCGAGAAAAAGAAUUUGGAGACAAAGUGAACCCACUCUCUGUUCUGGAGGCUGUAAAGAAGAUCAAGCCACAGACUCCAGCCUCAGGGAAAAGCUGAUCAUGUAUAACAGUUGGCUGGGAGAGAAUGGGGCCUUCACGUGUAUUCACCAGACGAGCUGUGUAUCCAUCAUGACCCCAAGACCUAGGAGCCAUUGCACCAUAUUCACUGGGGUUUGGUGAUAGAUUAAUAAUGUCUUCUGUGUAGGUCCAGCAGGGCAAAUAGGUCCCAGAUGAAACUGAUUAAAAUCUAGCAAAUCAGUGAGAGUUAUUUGAGAAAGACCUAGAAAAUCCAAGGCUUAAAGUUGACUGCUAUAUCUCCUUUCAAAUGAAUAUAGCCUGGGUUCUGGUAUUUGAGGUGAAUUUCAUUUUCAUAUAUAAGAAAAAAAUCUAAAAUCUAGGAAAAGUGGAGCUAAGAAACUGCUCAGUGGUAGAACAUUAAUCUAACAUGCACACAGCCCUGGGUUGGACACCAAUACACACACAUACACACACACACACACACACACACACACACACACAACACACUUCUAAGAAAAAUUGAUAACUGACUUGACAAUUCCAGAAUAUAAGGCGUUUUGCUUGGUGUGCUUUCUGUUAACAACUUGUUAUGUAAUGUCACAGGACCUCAUAUAGCAAUUGCUGUGUUCCAGGACAGUUUGAUAAAGGUGAAUUACAAAGUGAAGUUUCUU